AUGGCCCCGGGGUUCGGGACGGGGUUUGAGGCUAUACAUGAUCCCGAGGAACGAAGCACGGGGUUCCAGGGUUCAAACCCCCGAAACCCCGGGGUUUUGAUCUUUGUUUUUGCUUUUGAGGCAGUGUCAAGUUUUGACCAGCCAAGGAAGAACUCCUUUUGGCUGAGUGGAAAAAUCUGUACGCUCCUCAGCUGGUUGGUACAGACUCACCUACCGGUCAAAGAGCAUUCCUGCCCAACUACAAAUUGGUAUAAUCAUUGCCAGCCAGCUGGGGAAGAAUCCAUCUUUGCCGGUAGGCAAGUCUGCAUCAUCAACCAGCCAAGAAGUGCGCCCCUUGGCUGGUUGGUAGAUGCUCGACCAACCAGCCAGGGAGGAAUACCCUGUUGCCAGUUUGCUUUACCGGCCAGCCGGGAAGAAUACGCUGUCCGACCAGCCAGGUGGAAUAAACCUCCUCCUCGGCCGGUCAGUAGUAUAGUGGAUCCCAGAGUCCAGAGUCCAGACCCCGUUUGUAGAGGCGGGUGUGAAAUUGACUCAACAACCAUUGACAACGGUCGUUGGGAGGAGCUGUUGGCUAGAACAUCCCCAUAAUAUAUCAAAACCCCGGGGUUCUGGGGUUCUG